UCCUCCGAGGGCAGGGCCGCUCCCUCGCUGCCGCUUUCUGACCCGUCGGCAUCCCCCGCCGGCGUCGGUCCCCGGGCAUUUAUGGGUCAACAACUACAUACUGACUUUCUGCUAUAUCGCCAGCCCUGGGGCCUUCUCGUUAAUGGUGACGAAAAAGUAUAAGACAGUUCCUGAUCUCUAGAAGUUUGCAAUCUACCUGGGGAGAUGAAUGAAAAUUCCAUCUAUGUCAUACCAUCCGUAUCAACACAGUGAGAUGAAAUACUGCAUAAUUAAGUACCAAAAAUCACUCACUCUGGGGGAAGCCAGCCACUGUUGAGGACACUUGAACAGCCCAUGGAGAGGCCCACAUGGGGAGGAACUGAGUCAGCACCAUGUAAAUGCAUCUUUAGGACAUCUUUGCGUAGCCCCAUCCAGGAAGAGGCUGUGUAAAGUGUGGAUCGUGAGUUUGUUCAAGCAAGUCAGACAAAGGGCAAAGCUAGACGUCAGGACCAGGAUGGAAGAGCCAGCACCAGUGGAAGGCCAAGGCCAGCUCCCAAGCCCCCAGCAGGGCUCUCUGAGGAAGGCUGUGGCUGCUGCCCUGGCCCUGGAUGCGGAAUCCACAAUGGGUCGCAGGAAAAAGAAAAAGAAAGAGUCCCGCCCAGAAUCUAUCAUCGUCUACCGGUCAGAGAAUGAGAAAACAGACGUGGAGCCCGGGGAAUCAGAAGGUGGAGAUGGGCCUAAAGAGGAGGAGGGAGACGAUUUCCUAGACUAUCCCGUGGAUGAUGGUAUGUGGAACAUGCCUUUGGAUAGCCGCUAUGUCACAUUAACUGGGACCAUCACACGAGGUAAGAAAAAGGGUCAGAUGGUGGACAUCCAUGUCACGUUGACAGAGAAGGAGCUGCAAGAAUUGACCAAGCCUAAAGAGUUGUCAAGGGAAACAACACCUGAAGGAAGAAAGCCCUGCCAGAUGGGAGCAGACCGCGGGCCACAUGUGGUUCUCUGGACACUGGUCUGCCUGCCUGUGGUUUUCAUCCUCUCUUUCGUUGUUUCUUUCUACUAUGGCACUAUUACCUGGUAUAACAUCUUCCUUGUAUACAACGAGGAGAGGACCUUCUGGCACAAGAUCUCAUGUUGCCCCUGCCUCAUUCUCUUCUAUCCAGUGCUCAUCAUGGCCAUGGCCUCUUCCCUGGGCCUCUAUGCAGCUGUGGUCCAGCUCUCAUGGUCCUGGGAAGCCUGGUGGCAAGCUGCCCGGGACAUGGAGAAAGGCUUCUGUGGCUGGCUCUGCAGCAAGCUGGGUUUGGAGGACUGUUCUCCCUACAGCAUUGUGGAGCUGCUUGAAUCUGACAAUAUUUCAGGCAAUCUCUCCCACAAGGACUCCACCCAGGAAGCAGAAACCUCCACUGUCUAAAAUCUCAACAACUUCCUUCCUUCUCCAGACCCAGUAGCCUAUAUAUCCUCUUAUAAUUCCAGUAGAUUCUUUAAGUUAUCUUCAGUCCCCCACAGUUCUUCUGAAAAAUCCUAGCUCACACUGAUUUGUCCUACUAUCUUUAUGGUUCCAGGAGGGCAGGAAAAAGAAAAACAAUUUGUGCCAAAGCAUCCCAUUCGUUGGACAAGUGCUUCUUGAUUCCCUGCCCUAAUGUGACCACUUUCUGGGACAGGGAACUGCAUUGUGUAUCAGUGUGGGAGCUUAAAGGUUUUACUGGUGCCUGGAACUGAGGGGAGUAUGUGUCUAAAUAUGACAGGGAGAAUAAGGAGGCUCAGGGUUGACUGAGUCCACCAAGAUGAUAGAUAGGGAUGGAGUAGAACAUUCAGGAAGCCAGGCUACCACAGUGCAGCAGAAAGUAAAGGUUUAUGUGUAUCAUUUAGAUUUACAUUUAGCUACAUACAAUUACAUCCCUAAAGUAAUAGAGGUUUAGACAGGAUAGAAGUUUCUUUCUUUCUUGUACAGGAGAAGUCUGGAGACAGACCAUCUCGGGACCCUGUGAAGUCGUCCAGGCCUCAGGCUUCUUCUCUGUCGUUAGUAGGAUGUGGCCCUCAUCACACUUAUCCUCAACCUCCCAGUGCUGAUUUCACCUCCAGCCAUCAUGCCCAUGGGACAAAGAGGAACACACUCUUCCUAUUUAAGGAGACCUACCAGAAGUCCCACUCAGCAUUUUUAAUAUCUCAUUGGCCAGACCUUAGUCACAUGACCUCAUGAGCAAAUGAGAGUUGGAAAUGUAUUCCUUUGGCUGGGUAGCUAUAUUCUCAGCAAAAUAUUGAGGUCAUGCUAACUUGAGAGAAAGGGAAAGAAUGGCUGUUUUGGUAGGCAGGUAAGAAUCUCCACCUUACAAUAAUUAUUUAAAUACACUCAAAAUCCCAACCUGCUGAUAUAGUUUUAUUAAUUUAUUAUUUAUUCAUUCAUUUAUUUAUUUGUUUGGCCUAAAUCUUACAUGAAGAAUUUAUACAUAGAUAUUAGCUACGUAUACUACAUAUAUGCUAUACACAGAUAUUAGCACCUCGUGUACUUUGCAAUUAAACUUCUGUAAUGUCAUGUGGUUUCAGGUUUCUUUGGAAAGGAUUAGCGGACAGGAGAGUACAAUUAUAUAAUGGCAGCAUAACUCUUUUUCCUGGUGGUGGAGGUGGGUGGUGAUAUUUAAUCUAAUCUAUAGAUUAAAGACUUGGAAGGGAAGGAUUGCAUCUGCCAAACAUUACUCCAACAGGGAUCAGAAGUCCUGAGCACAGAAAGGCCAGGCAUAGUCUUCUGUUUUUUGGCAAAACCUCAUUCAGAGCCUUACUCACUCAGAUCUUUCUAGAGUUUAACAACAAACUUAAUCUUUGCCUUGCUGAGAAGUUUGUGUCUUCCUGGCCAGUAGGGGAUAUAAACCAGAUUAAUCCAGAUUAAUAGAUUCUGAACUUUACACGCACAUGAAAUCAUUCUUAAAGGUGUCCUAAUUUCAAAAUAUUAACUGCUAAGAGGUCGGUAGAUGUUGGAGGUUUGGAUUUUUACAGGAAUAGCUGGUACUCAUUUCUUGUUCCUGUCUCAAAAAGAAGGUGUUGAAAGAACUGUGAACCAAACCAGAGGGGCCAGGCAUGCUCCCCUACAGAAAGUCAAGGACAUUUGCCUAAUUCAUGGUGCUGAACUCCACCUUUAGAAGAACUCUUUUUUCUUUUUUAAAAAAUAAUUAUUAUUAGUUUGACAAGGAAAAAAAAUGUGUCCAGCAUUUUUGAAGAUAACCUUCUCUGGUGCACUUGCAGAUACAUGAAUAAUUGAAAUGAAGGCAAAGAAAAUAAAAAUAAAAUCUAAUUAACAUUU